AUGGGAAAACCAUUCUCCCAGAUCACUGCAUCUUCUGUGGGCAGCUUCGGAGACAAUGGGGACAAGAUCCCCCAGUGGAUUCGGGCAAACGGGGGAUUCUACUCGAGAGAUAUCAGCGAAGGGACUACACAUCUCAUCGCAACUAAGGAGGCUUUUAAACGGAACGUGGAAGCCGUGCAGCAGGCAAAGCAGCACAAAGUCAAGAUUGUCUCAUACGAAUGGCUAGAGGACUCACUCUUGUCCAAGUCUCGCAGGCCCAAGCGUGAAGGACCGUAUCUGCUUGAGAAAAUCUUGAAGAUGACAGAGAAGAAAAAGAGAGCCGGGAAGGUGGCCAAGGCUAAGAAGGCGAAGAGAGCAGCGAUGAAGAGACAAGGCGCUAUGGCGAACGCUGAUGACCUAGAAAGUUUCGUUGAGGAGUGUCUGGGAGUGAAAGCAAGGACAGAAGCACGAAACUAUCAUCUAUACGCCGAUCAGCAGACGGGUUUGGCCUUCUCUGCGACUGUAGUACGGCCGACGAUCAAAGCGAAGAGCCGAGAGAAGUUCCAGAUGCAGAUCUUCGAAUCCAAUACCGAACCACAUGUCUAUGCCGCGUAUGCAAGAUACAGUCGCGUCGGCAAGUCGUCUGCAGAACUCCUAGCUCCCCCAGGGAGCAGUCUUGAUUUCACCCUGACGGUCUUCACGAAGUUCUUCACCUUAAAGACAGGCAAGACAUGGGAUAAAAGGUUUGAUGGAAAAUAUCCACCCCGCAAGACCGAUGAGGAGGGUAACAUCCUGCCGGCCCAUGAGGGCUGGUAUGAGUACGAGCCACGGAUGGGACUCCUGGCGAGCUUCCUGAGACAGACGUGCGUGGGGGGUCAAGGCAAUGCUUCUUGUCUAGAGCCAGAUAUGGAGCAGCAGGAUGAAACCAGACCAGACGACUCUCAAGCCUCGGGGCUUGGAGAUGUUCUCGACGACGACGCCGACGCCGACGACGACAUAGUUGACCGAGGACAUUAAGGGGACGUUUAGACCGGGUGAGGCUACACCUCCUCAUGAGGCUGUUGAAUUUUCAGCCAGCAGAUUUAUCUAUCGUGCCAUUGCUAUAUUUUCGUUUGAUCUUCCA